AUGGGAGCUAGUAGCAGUAAACUCCAUAGCGAUGCGCUUCCUGGUGGCCCGCAGCACCAAACGCGGCUGCAGUACCGCCGCACUGGGCGUGUAGACUCUGCGAAUCGCACAUUUGGCGCUUGUUACGAUGGCAAUACUGUGGUCAUUAUCACCCCUGGUCGGAGUCUGCUGAAGCCAUACCUUCGCGUUCCUGAAGGGACGUAUGCACUCGUUCAAAGCCACGGACGGGAUGUGGACUACGUCAAGCCAGACGGCAGCUGUACGCCGGUGUGGCCGCCUGGCAUGCACGUUGCUUCAAUCUUCACCAAAGUGGCUCACCUUGUCACGAAACAAUACAUUGUGUUUGACACGCCUGUCAAGGGAUGCAAAACCGCAGACAAUGUGACAGUGGGCAUUGAUAUAUGUCUAAUCCUACGCAUCGUGGGCGAUGAGUCCAAAGGUGAAGACCCCGAGCUCGUACGUCGAUUCGUGUACGAAUUAGGUCCAAAUGGACUGGAAGUGCAGCUUCGUGCAGCUCAAGAUGAAGCUGUGAGAGCACUUGCUCGUAGUGUAGAGCACACGGAAGUAUAUCAGCUUCGUGACGGUACUAUGCGUGAGCGAUUCAAGACGGGAGCGCUCAACUGCCGUACGGAUCGAGUCGUAAAGGACGAGUUCCACUCGCCCAAGGGAAAGGAGACGGUGACCGAGCACGAUGUUCCAGACGAGAAGAAGGUGCGCUACUGUGUGACGGAAGACAUUCGCCACAGUCUGAAUGAGCAAUUUAAUGCCUACGGUGUUGAGAUCACCAGCGUUGCCAUCACAAACGUGACGCUCCCUCCUGAGUUCCAAGCGCAGAUGCAAAGUCGCACGACGCAUUUAAGUGCCAUCAAGGAGCAAAACAUGAAACAAAUGAGUGAUAUGCAGAUGUUGCAGUACAAAGAGGAGAUUGAUACGACGAGACUCGAGCGCAAGAUGAUGUACAUGGAAGAAGAACAGACCGGAAAGGCCAAGUGUGCCGAGAUCCGCAAAGGUAUUGACCUCAUUAACGCACAAUCCGAACUCGCGGAUGAAGAAAUCAGUCAAAAGACCAUUGUGACUUGCGACAACCUCCACGUUGAAGCGUCAUUGAAGAUCGCCGAGGUCGAUGCAGAGAGGACGCAGAUUACAGCAGAGAUCUUGGCUCAUUGCGAUGCGGAGAUUGGGCUCAUCAAUGCGGAGAAGGCUGCGCUGCAAAGUCAAUUGGAGACGACAUCGAGUGGAAUCCGCGUGACUUCCGAGUCAAAAGCAGCUGAGCUUAUCGCUCAGGCCGAGGGUGCUGCAGCCAGUCAAUUGGUAAACUACCGUCGACACGAGCUGGAGAUGAAGAAGCUCGAGAUGCUCGGGUCACUAGCGAAGAACAAGAGGGCUGUCGUGUCAGGUGACACGUCAAACAGUUUGCUGUCGGAGGUGCUCGUAGCCAAUCGCCAAGGCAACGUCAUGCUGAAUAUCGACGGCCUGAUGGGCAAACUCGGUAACGGCAAAUGUACCUGA